AUGUCACUGGAAACAUCGUCGUUUUCCAAUUUGGCCGACAAAAUCAAGGCCAAGUUGGACACGGCCAACGAUAAAAACUCCAAGAAAAAGGACGCCAAGAAUGCCGUCAAGGCUGAGAACAAGGCUAAGAACGAUGCCCGAGAGGCCAAGAAGAAGGAGCAUGAGCAGCGCAAGAAGGAGGAGGCUGAAGCCAUGAAGAAGAAGGCCAAGAACUUCAACAAAUCCAAGUUCGGCAAGAAGGAGGAAGAGAAGGUCACUGAGGUAAAGCCCUCGAAGACCAAGGGAUCUGACAAGACCGAGAAGAGUAAGGGGUCCAGGACCAAGAGCCAGGACUCCAGCUCGGACAAGUCGACCAAGACCAAGACCAAGACCAAGGAAUUCAAGCCUGAUUCUCUGCUGGCCGAGAUCCUGGAGCUCGGAGGAACCGAAGAGGAUCUCAAACUCGUGGAGGACCUGUCUGAUGGAGAGGAUGAUGUGGUUGUGAACCCUUCAAACGGCUCCAAGAUUGAUUCUGGAGAUCUGCUCAAGUUCAUGAAGGACAUUGGACUCGAUGGAGACGUUCCUCAACUCGUCGAGGAUGUCAAGGAUGAGGACGUUGAGGAGGAACAAGAGGAGGACGAUGAUGAGGGGAUGGAGGAUGACGAGGAUGAGGACACAGAGGAGGACGAUGAAGAAUCCGAGUCUGACUCUGACGACGAGCCUGCUCCCGCUAAGCCUAUCAUUUCUACUGGCCCUUCUGCCAAGGAGAAGCUUGUUGAGGCCAUGUCUCUCCCCCAGGACAUCAAGACUCCCACUGCCGUGCCUCCUCGUCCUGAUUGGUACAACCAUCAGAUUGACGUGCCUGAGACCCUCGAACCCAUUUCAGAGACUGACGUCGAGUCAUUGAAGGAUCAGGGUAUGAAGCUGCUCAAGCAGGAUCAAGACACAUACAAGGGCAACCAGCAAUCGUCGCAACAAACGUUCAUGCAGCAGAUGCUCACUUCCGGUACUCUGAGUGAUAAGAUUUCCACUUACACCCUGCUUAUCCACGACUCUCCUCUGCACAACCUCAAGUCGUUCGAACAGCUCAUGUACCUUUGUAAGAAGAAGGGCAGAACCUCUGCUCUCCAGGGUCUGGAGGCUCUGAAGGACCUGUUUAUCAACGCUGGUGUUCUUCCUGAUCGAAAACUAAGAUGGUUCAAGAACCAGCCUGUCCAGAAAAACUCGGCACCUGAGUACCUCGCCAUCUGGGCUUUUGAAGACUGGCUCAAGACCCAGUACUUUGAGCUGCUUCAGAUCAUGGAGGGAAUUUCGCACGACACUGUCACCCAUCUGCGGUCUUCGGUGGUAGCCCACAUUGUCGACCUUCUCAAGGCCAAGCCUGAGCAGGAAGUCAACUUGCUCCGACUGGCUGUCAACAAGCUGGGUGACAAGGAUACCGUUGUCUGCUCUCAGACGUCAUACCACCUGCUUCAGCUCAUGCAGGCCCACCCUGCCAUGAAGGGUAUUGUAAUCAACUCCAUCUGGGAGCUUGUUUUCCGACCCGGCUCUGACUACCAUUCCCAGUACUACUCUGCCAUCACCCUCAACCAGAGUAUUCUUACAUCAAGGGACACUGAUCUGGCCAACACUCUUGUCACCAACUACUUUCUGUUGUUUGAGAAGGUGCUAAAGGAGAACGAGGCCGAUUUCGACAAGGAUCUCACAAAGAAGGACGCCAAGGAUACCAAGGGCAAGCAUAAGUCGCGUCACAACGCCGGCAAGGGUAAGAAGGGAGGUGUCAAGCAGCAGCAGAAGACUGUCGAGACACAGAAGGACGAAGCUAACCAGAAACUCAUCUCUGCUAUUCUCUCUGGCCUGAACCGAGCGUUCCCCUUUUCUAAUCUGACAGAGGCUGAGUUUUCUAAGCACAUUGACUCCCUUUUCAGAAUUACUCACUCUGCCAACUUCGGUACAGCCAUCCAGGCUCUGUCUCUCUUGUUCCAAGUGUGCCAGGACGCUCAAAAGGAUCGAUAUUACCGAACUCUCUACGAGUCCCUCCUUGAUCCCCGUCUUGUUGAUUCUUCCAAGCAGGGACUAUACCUCAACCUGCUGUUCAAAAGUAUCAAGGCUGACACCAACGUUCAGCGAGUCCAGGCCUUUGCUAAGCGAAUGGUGCAAGUUGCUCUUGGAUGGCUCAAGACUGGCUCAGUAGUCGGUAUGGUUUACCUUCUGGGAGAAGUGAGAAAGAUCUCUGGCGGUGUGGAGGCCCUCUCCAACGUUUCUACCGGCCUCGAGGAGUUUACAGAUGUCAAGGAGGAGGAAGAUGAUGGACUCAUGGUCAACAUUGAUACCUCUAAAAAGUCGGUGGAUAGCGGCGAGUCUCAGACCCACAAGGAGGACUCUUACGAUGGAAAGAAGCGUGACCCCUUGUUCGCAAACGCUAACACCACCUCUCUCUACGAGCUUCAGUUCCUUCUGAGACACUACCACCCUUCGGUGACUGCCUACGCCGAAAACUACGUCAACAGAGGCGAGUCUCUGGCCAAGCCCGAUCUUGAUCUGCAUUCUCUGGCCCACUUCCUCGACAAGUUCGUCUACCGAAACCCCAAGCAGCAGCAGAAGCUCAAGGGUAACUCUAUCAUGCAGCCUCUGGCUGGUGGAGCUGCUGCCAACAACCUGUUGGUCGGACUCAAGGGCUCCAACACUGCCCAGCCCGUCAACGUUCAGGAGUGGAAGGAUCGAAACAAGGACAAGGUUGCCCCCGAGGAUGUCUUCUUCUAUAACUACUUCCAGCCUAAGCAGCUUAAGGAGGAGACCAAGAAGCUGUCCAAGGAGGAUGAGUACCAGGAUAUCGGAGGUGAUUCUGAACUUGACGACGACGAAGUUUGGGAUGCUAUGGUGAAAUCCCAACCCGACAUUGAUCCCGAAGAAGACGACAUCGAUAUGGACAUGGACGACUUCUCUGAUGACCCUGAGCUCGACAAGAUUGAUGGUGAGCUCGAGGAGGGAGAUUUCUCCGACUUCUCCGAUUCUGAUCUGGAGGAGGAGAAGUCCGAGUCUGAGAAGCCCUCUAAGAAGGACGAGGCCGCCUUCUUCGAAGAAGCUGAAGACGAGGAUGAGGAAGGUGCUGCUGACUCUGAUGAUGAGCCUGCUCUAGACUUCUCUGACGAUGAGGAUAACCUCAUUGCUUCUGACGACGAGGUCACUCUCAAGCGAAAGGCCGGUGAUGAUGGAGACAAGAAGCAGAAGAAGAAGAAGUUUUCCGACCUGCCUACUUUCGGCUCCAUGGACGACUACGCUCAGUACCUGCAAUCCGAUGAUGAGGACUUUUCUUAG